AUGGUUUCCUUCACUUCCGUCCUACUGGCCGUGUCCUCCGUGGCUGGUGUCUUCGCCGCGCCCAGCGAGUCCAAGCCCUUGUCUGCUCGCGCCGACACCUUCACUUCGAGUUCGACUGGCACGAGUAACGGAUUCUACUAUUCGUUCUGGACGGACGGCAGCGGUGACGUCACAUACACCAACGGCGACGCUGGCGAGUACUCUAUAACGUGGACUGGCGACAAUGGUAACUUUGUCGGGGGCAAGGGAUUCAACCCCGGCGCUUAUUCCAAAUCCAUCGCCUUCUCCGGCUCCUACAACCCCGACGGCAACAGCUACCUGUCCGUCUACGGCUGGACGCGAAGCCCGCUGAUCGAGUACUACAUUGUCGAGUCGUACGGCACGUACAACCCUGGCUCCGGCGGCACAGAGAAGGGCACCGUCACCUGCGACGGCUCGAGCUACACCAUCUAUACCAGCACCCGGACAAACCAGCCAUCCAUUGAUGGCACCGCCACGUUCCAGCAGUACUGGUCUGUUCGUAGCUCCCACCGUACGAGCGGAACUGUCACCACCUCGUGCCACUUCGAUGCUUGGGCUGAGGUUGGUUUGGCGCUGGGUUCCGAGUUCAACUACCAGAUCGUCGCGACGGAGGGAUACUUCAGCAGUGGAUCAGCUGAUAUCACUGUUAAGGAGGCUUAA